CAUUUUUUGCUGAAGAGACAACAAUAUAUUGUAAUCUAGGUUCAUCAUCAGAUAACAACACAAUUAUCGCCCUGUAGUAAUAGUGUAAAGACAACAAUUAAUAACAAUAAUAAUGGCUGACUCUUCAAGUGAUCCAAAACAACAAGCAACUUCAUCUCAUCACGAUGAAGAAGAACUAGAAAACAACAACGCUGCAGCCUCAUCAUCAUCAGCUGCUGAUCAAAUGGUUGAUGAUGGAGAGGAAACAACAACAACAACUUCCACAACACCAAAGAAGAAGAAGGCUACUACUUCCAAGAGGAAAACACCUACUGUAGAAAAAAGAACAACACCUAGUAGAUCGAACAGAGGUAAAUUGCCAGAAUAUUUGGAAGAUUAUGAAGUGGGUGAAAUUGAUUUGAGACAAUUGAACAAGGCUGCAACAUCAUCAUCUUCAUCAUCCACACCAAAGAAAAAGACAGGCUCAUCUUCAACACCAAAGAAGAAAGCUACACCAAAGAGAAAAGCCGAAAGUGAAGACGAAUCUUCUUCUUCUUCUGAAAGUGAAGAAGAAAGAAUUGUUACACCAAAAAAGACACCAGUCAAAAAGGCAAAGAAAGUAACUCCUCGUGCAACUGGUAGUAGUGCAGCAGCAUCAUCAUCUUCUACUCCAUCAAGAGCAACUCCUUCCAGACCAACAAAUAUUUCACUCACAAAUUUACCAAGAGAUGAUAGUCACACAACUACUACAAGAACUCCUGGUAAUAGAUACUCUGAAUAUCAAAGUUCUCACAUUGAUUACGAAGAAGCACUGAGAAGAUUGUUAGCAAAAACACCUGGUAAUGAAUACAAGAGAGGUGAUGUUGAUGCAUCACAUUGGGCUAUUUCCAAUUUACCAACUGAAGAAUGUGAAUAUUUUGAUACCAAUGCUCUUGUAACAAAGAAGAUGACUUUAAAGGAAGUUUUACAAGGAUGUUAUUUCAUUGAAGGAAAUAGAACUUUCAAGACAGCUGAUGAAACACCUGCUAUUCAAAUUUGUUUUGUCUUUGAUACUACAGGUUCACAAAUUAAUAUUAUUGAUGAUUUGAAAUGGAAGUUGCAAAAUAUGUGUGAAAAAUUAUUACAGGAUGUUCCUGGACUUUUCAUUUCUUUAAUUGCUCACGGAGAUUAUGCCGAUUCAAGUUUAUUCUAUGUGAUGAAGAAAUUAGACUUUUCAAAUGAUAUUGAACAAAUAGUUAGUUUUGUUCAAUCUUUGAAAGGUACUGGUGGUUUAGACCCAGCAGAAUGUUAUGAAUUAGCUCUAAAAGAAGCAAAAACAUUAAGUUGGACUCCAAAGGACAAUGCUUUCACUCAAAGAUGUUUGGUUAUGAUUGGAGAUGAAGUUCCACACACAGCAACAGAAUAUUUCAAGAUUGACUGGCAAGAAGAAUGUCAAUCAUUAUUUAAUGACUAUCACAUCAAAAUUCACUCUGUACAAUGUCAGGCAAGACCUCAUGCUGAUCAAUUCUAUCAAUAUCUUGCUGAUGAAACUGGUGGUAAGAGAUUUGAACUAAAGGAUAUGGACUCUAUGCAAUCAAUGUUCUUAGGUUUGUGUUAUAGAGAAGCAGGUGAAUUCCAAAUGGUCAAUCCAGACAUGCAACAACAUUUACAAUCUUCUGAUUCAGCAAUUGUCAGACCUGAAGGCGAAGAAUUGACAGAUGAGGAAUUGAAAACUAUUCACGAAGCUAUCCACAACUCAACAAUUUCAUCAGUCACAAUUAAGGGUUCUGAAUAUGAAAUUACAACUAAUGAUGGUGCCUGUAGAUUUGUUCGUAUUGGAGAAAUUGUUUAUAUCGAACAAAACAAGGACAAAAAGACAAAAUAUGCCAAAAUGGCUCUCGAAGGAAGAAAGAUUACUUGGAUAACACACAAAGGAAAGUGGGGCUUAAUCGUUGAUGACGAAAUAAAGAGAUCAAUGUAAAGU